AUAUUCGGAAAAGAUUGCUAAACUCUCCGAUCACAUGUAUCAAAUAGCAGUAGAUGCAACCAAGCUCUCUGAAAAUGAAUUUAAUGUUAUUAAUCACGGUGAUUUUCACUUGAAAAAUAUGAUGUUUAAAUAUGACAAUGAUGGCAAUCCUACUGAUCAGAUUUUUGUGGAUUUUCAGUCAUGCGUCUACACUUCACCGGCACUCGAUCUUCUAUAUUUUCUCAAUUCAAGUGUUUCCUUUGAUGUCAUUGAAAACAAACGAGAUUUUUUAUUAAACGAAUAUCUUGGUACCUUGUCAAUGACUAUGAAACAACUGAACUGCAAGACGCAGCCGCCCACAAUGAAGGAAUUAAAAGAUACCAUAAAGCGAAGAGCUAGCUUUGAAAUGGUAUCAUCCUUUAUAAUUUUACCAAUAAUGCUGUGUCCUAAGACUGAAACGAAAGAUUUGGAUGAGAUCAUGAACACUGGUACUUGGGUUAAUCCAGGCUUGAAGAGCGAGAAUUUUAAAAAAAUAAUGAUGAAGAGAAUUCCUUUGUAUGAUGAGUGGGGUUUACUUGAUGUUUAAUACUUAUGAUUUCUAAUAAUCAAAUAAAAAUAAAAUUAAGACAGAUUGAAGAAGAAUUAAAAAAAAUAAUAGAUGUUAUAUCAUCAUUA